ACUCAAGUGACCGCCGGGGUCAUCGGUGUACCAGGUUAAAGUAGGUAAAAGCAGGCUUCCCCGAAUUUCAAGGUCACGUCAAGUUUCGUCUUCCCUUUAGAAACUGACCAAGCUGGAACCGUUCUGACCGCAAGGACAAGAGUAGGCGUUCCGUCAAGUCAAUCCGUAGCCAGUCUCCAGCUGCACAUAUUCAUGCAGCAUGUUUGCGGUGCUUCUCUUCGUUAUCGCAACGUCGGCCUGCCAACUCCCAGAAGGUCCCAGAAAUGGCAGGACCAUCCCAGACCGUCGACCCGUGAACAAGACGAACUGCUUCAUCGGCGCAACGGUCUCCUACGUCUGCAACGUGGGAUAUGCACUCCUGGGCCACGACAGCCAAGUCUGUCGAACCGAUGGCUCCUGGUAUCCUCCAGGACCGCCCUCUUGCGUAGACAAGCAUGUCGUGGCCAAGUUGGCCUACCAACCUGCCCCUCACCCCAAUGGUGACCAACAGCUCAUCAUCGAAAGUAAGACCGUGAACCGCUGUAACGCAGUGUUUCGUAAUUCACCAUGGUUCGUCGUGGAACAGCGAGGCGUACUUCCCGUUUCCGUGGUUAAGAUGAGCGUCUCUGCGAACAUGGCGUCUUCGCCGGCGGUAACCCUAACGGUUCGUGUCGGAAACUACUCCGUGGCUCUCCUCAAGAAUCCCGUUUGCGCUGUCUUCCACGGCACUCUCCUGACGGAUCGCGUCCUAUACCUGCAGUGCUCCGAGGUUCUUCGAGGACACUACGUCAUCCUUCACGCGCGUAGUCACGAUCCAGUUUCCUUGUGUGAGCUCGUGACGUACGCCGUGAGCACUCCUGUCCCAAGCCGUGGCGCAGAGUUGUCUAACGGAUCCGUCGAAAGCCUCGUCGGUCUUUGUUUCGGAGUCGCGUUUGUGGUCAUUGCCUGUUGUCUUCUCUGCGAAACGGCCAAAGCUGUGUGGCGCAAGGAGGUCUUUCCCACCGGCUCAUACGAGAGUUUUUAGUGUGCAUUUUUGUGUGCUCGGUUCUCACCUUUUUAUCUGAUUUUAUGUAGCGUAUUGCAUUAUGGCUUCGAGUUGGAAACUACGGACGCACUUACGCUGCAGACGAACCUGCACUCUCGGUUCACUUUUGUAGCGAUCCUUCCUCGUAGCUUUUAAUAAGCUCUCGUUUGCUUUCAUUAUUGUACGUGACAAGCCCAAAGUAACACUCGGGUGUGUAAGAUUAUUUUACUCAAAAUAAACGCGUAAACAA